UCAGGUGACACAACAACAUGGGAUUUGUCUCUUUUUGUCAAAGCUCUGUUGAAUUCCAGACCUCCAUUUGUGCCUACCACCAAGAAAGGUUUAGUUGCUGGAUUGAAAUGUUUGAAGGAAACAAGAAACAAACUUUGCCACUCACCAAAUGGAAAGAUUGAAAACUCAGAGUUUUGCAAUCUUAAAAGCGGUGUUUGUAAUGUAUUAACACAAGUUGGUGCUACAUCAAAAGACUUUAAAAAAGUCAAAAAAGAUGUGGAUCAUCAACCAUUGAUUGAAUUGUUAUCACUGGUAAAACAUUGUGCAUCACAAGAUGAAGAAAUCCUUAAACAAAUAGAUGCAAUAAAACAAGGACAAGAAAAGCUCAAGCAAGGUCAGUCAGAUCUACAACAAGGACAACAAGAGAUCAGACAAGGUCAGUCAGGCCUGCAACAAGGACAACAAGAGAUACUCAAAGCAAUCAAAUAUCAAGACAAGGAAUCAACAUCAAAGCCCUCAAACUUGUCAUGUGAAGAUGUCUUGUCUUAUUCUAAAAGACUGAAAUCAUCAACAAAAGUGCAAACAGAAUUCCAACCCAAACCGUUGGCCAGUCCUGAUGUGCCAAGCACCAGAACAGAUGACAUAUUCACCAAUCUCAUGAUCCAACGUGAAUGGAAACCCUUGAAGAGAAUUGAAAGGCCCUCUAGAAGGAAACACCUGCAAAACUACAACAACCCAAGUGACCAACAUCUGAUUGAUAAAUGUCAAGACAUAUUCAUCAACCCAGAUCAUGAUAAACCCAAUCCAAAGUCCAUACUUGUGAUUGGAAAACCAGGCAUUGGAAAGUCUCUCUUUUGUCAAAGGCUUUCUAGAGAUUGGGCUGAUGGUGUUUUAUUUCACAAUAAUCCAGAUGCCUCAAGAGUGGCAGAUGAUUUUGACUUUGUGUUUCUAAUAACGUUUAGGCAAUUAAAUCUCUUUGGAGAUAAACAGUUCAACUUCUGUGAAGUUUUGAAUCACUGUUCUGUGCUAGAUGAUCAUGCAAACAUCAAUGAACACUUGUUUGAGUACAUAAUCGGACAUCCAGAAAAGGUGUUGUUUAUCCUUGAUGGCUAUGAUGAAUACUCCAAACGAUCCAACAUAUUUAAAUGCACAUUUGAACAGAAGUAUGCAAACAACCCACGACUUCAGAUGCCUGUAGCUGCUUUGAUUUCCAAACUGUUGCAAAAGAAGAUAUUUAAGAAUGCUGUAGUCAUGGUUACAUCAAGACCAACAGAAGCCGAUAAGUUCGGGGGAAUCCACAUGGAUGCAGUAGUGGAAAUAGCAGGGUUUUCUGUGGAACAAGUUGAAGAAUUCAUUAAAAAGUACUUCAAGUCAAAGAAGGAAGAAGUGAAGAUUGCUGCAAGAGAUCACAUCAUGAACAAUGAAAACUUGCUAAGCAUUGCACACAUUCCUGUGCUUUGUCACCUGAUGUGCUUUUGUCUUGAAUGGCAUAUUGAAAAUGRAAMAGAGAAGUGCYUUCCAGCRACRAUAACUGAACUUUACUCUGAAGUUGUGGAAAUCUUUGAAGAUUGUUGUAAAACAAUUCAUAGAGCAUCUGAAGAUCGAGAGAAGAGUACUGUUAAAAAGCUAACAGAGUUGGCAGCUGCAAUGUUUAUGGAGGGAAAACUCAUUUUUGAUCAAAGAGACAUUGACAGAUUCCAUCUGACUUGCCCAGAGACAGGAAGCCUGCAGUCUUUUGGUCUGCUAACAUGUGGUCCAGCAUUCAGAGAACGUCCAUCAAAAAUAAUAAGAUAUUUUUGUUUUUCGCAUCUUACACUGCAUGAGUAUUUUGCAGCUCUUGGUUUUGUCAACAGUGGCAUAAUACCAACACUUGAAGGAGAUGGCAAGGAGAUGGUGCUCCAGUUUUGUGCAGGCCUUUUGUCUGGAGUUGAAGAUGGUGAAAGGCUUAUGGAAGAGAUGAUUUCACCAUACUGCCAGAAGGAGAAUGGCAUGUUAGUGGCAAAGUGUCUACUUGAGUAUGGGGACAAAGAAUUUGGAGUUAAAAUUAUAGAAAAAUAUCACACACAGUUUAGUACUGAAAAGGGAGUUCUAUUCCAUAAGUUAAGUUUAAUUUAUAGUUCAGAUUGCAUAGCAUUGGUAUACUUCCUGGAUCUUAUAAGUCAACUUUGUAAAGGGCUUGAAGACACUUCAACAGAAUCCUUUUGCAUUAAUGGAUUAAGUAUAAUUUUUAGUAAUGUGUCAUCAUCAGGCAUGAAGCUGUUAGCUGAUUCACUAAAAAAUGAUGGCUGCCCUUUAACUUUCUUCAAUAUUGAUUUACGGUUUUCAAAUAUUUGUUUUUCACUUCCCAUUGUUCACUGUCUAUUUCCAGCAUUACCUUCAACAAACAUCACCACACUUCACCUUCAUGAUAAAUUUACUGACGAAGGGAUAUCAUGUCUUAGCAUUGUAUUACCAUCAACACACAUCACCACACUUCACCUUGAUGGUAAAUUUACUGACGAAGGGAUAUCAUGUCUUAGCAUUGUAUUACCAUCAACACACAUCACCACACUUCACCUUGAUGGUAAAUUUACUGAUGAAGGGAUAUCAUGUCUUAGCAAUGUAUUACCAUCAACACACAUCACCACACUUCACMUUKAUGGUGACUUUACUGAUGAAGGGAUAUCAACCCUUAGUAAUGUAUUACCAUCAACACACAUCACCACACUUCACCUUGAUGGUGACUUUACUGAUGAAGGGAUAUCAACCCUUAGUAAUGUAUUACCAUCAACACACAUCACCACACUUCACCUUGAUGGUGUCUUAACUGAUGAAGGGAUAUCAUCCCUUAGUAAUGUAUUACCAUCAACACACAUCACCACACUUCACCUUGAUGGUGUCUUAACUGAUGAAGGGAUAUCAUCCCUUAGUAAUGUAUUACCAUCAACACACAUCACCACACUUCACCUUGAUGGUGUCUUAACUGAUGAAGGGAUAUCAUCCCUUAGUAAUGUAUUACCAUCAACACACAUCACCACACUUCACCUUGAUGGUGUCUUAACUGAUGAAGGGAUAUCAUCCCUUAGUAAUGUAUUACCAUCAACACACAUCACCACACUCAGUCUUUCAAGUUCAUUUAAUUAUGUUUUGCCUUCUAGCUGCUUUACUGAUAAAGGGCUAUUAACCCUUAGUGAAGUAUUGCCAUCAACAUCUAUAAAUUCCCUUAGUCUGAAAAGCUGGGAAAUUACUGAGAGAGGCAUAGAUGAACUUAGAAAAUCAGCACCAGCAUGCAAUAUUGUAAUUUAUUGAUGCUAGCAAGUAGGAUUUAUAAUAAUGGUAACUGUUUCUAUUUUACAGCAUAAAGCACAGGUUGUUUCCCAACAUCAUUACUGACUAAUUUCUAAAUGCCAGUUAGUAUAUUUUAUUUUAUAAAUGUUUAGAAUUAAGCAAUAUGUUCUAAGCUUGUUCGUGCAGGCAAAACACAACACCAGUUGGGUAAAUAAUGGACAAAAACCAUAAAUCUUAAUAUAUAUAUAUAUAAAGUACAAACUACUAUAACAUCCCUACACGAAGGUGAGGGCUCAAAACAGCACUUCCGGGACAUAAGCAAGAGGUGGUCUGGGGAGGAGGAGGGAAAAUUGUACAAACGGGUGCAACUCACCUUAGAAUCACAUUCAAAGUGAACAAGCUGCCAACUGAACAAGGCGGGAAAAACAAAAACCUAGAGGGCAUCUCAAUUGAUAGAAUUAUACCUCUACCCUACCACCGGAAGCUGACGUCACCGGAAGUAAACUAACAUGAUUAAAUAUUGCUAAAUAUUAUUUAUUGUGCUGUCCGUACUGGAUCUCAAUUAAUUUUUCAACCUAUUCACAAUUUAUGAUUAACAGAGUACACUUAAGACUAAUUUUAAAACUCCUACUUGUACUCAACCUUGUACUCAUUGUCAAAUCUGAAGUUCCCUAAUGUUUUUAAACAUAAAAUAUAAAAUAUAAAAAAUAAAAUAAAUAAUAAUAAUAUAAAAUAUACUAUACUUCAACUUUCAAGAGGUAGUGUGUGAAAAAUUUGUGCUCCAUCCCCACAGCAUGACUUAUGGCAAAAUAUUUUGGUGUGUGGCCUGAUCAAAUUCAGUCACUAUAUAAACAAAAUAUGUUAUUUUAUAUUCUGAGACAUGAUUCAAUGCUAGGUCAGGGAAUCAAAUCCAUGCUGUAGAUCCAAAGUCUGUAGUUACAUACAUGUAUAUAUCAUAAUUUUCCAAUAAACAUUUUCAUUUAAUGA